AUGGACGCCAAGAACUCUACUCACCAUUCAACGGCUCCCUCCGAUCGCCAGCAGGUAUUGCCGCUCCUAAACUCCACUCCGGUCUCGUCGGCAACCUGGGCGUCUUCGAUACAGAAUUCAGACUCUAGCCACAGCCUGGCCUUGGCCCCGGCGUCUGACACGUCGUUGGAGUCGCCAGCAGUCCAGGACAGUUCUCAUGCGCUCUCCUUCGUCGAUGAAUCCACCCGUCAUAACGUAACUCAGUCUUCCGAGCGCAAUAAUCAAGAUGUAGGCAGAAAUGCUGUAACGAAGUCGCGCAAACCGCGCAAGCCUAGUAAUGCGUCGGGCGGCCGGUCAACCCUGUUUUGGGUCCAUAGUGACCCCCAGUCGGCAGCACAGGGAACGAGAGAGGAAACCCUCAAGCGUAUCCGUUCCCAUGUCAUGUCGGAGCAUAAUCGCAAGAAGAGACUGGAAAACACUAAACGGUACAAAAGCAAGACAUGGAAGCACCUGGCUUUUCAGCCGCCGGAAACCGCCGCUUCUAGUUCAGCGGCCUCUACUCCUUUAGCCUCUGCGCCGGGCGACUCUCAAGAAGUACCGCUUAAGGUAUCGCAGUCGAAGCAACAAGGAGCAAUUCUAGAAAAUGCACUUGCCGGCGACGCGCCAGGCUUUGUGGCUGCCUUGACCGAAAGCUACCAUGACGGUGAUGCAUCUUCGCAUAGUCAGGCUCUCGCCGCGGUUCAGGAGCAUUCACCACUGGCAUAUUUGGGUCCAGGAGGCAAUGACCCCUUCAACGUGUUUCAUACGCGGCUUACUGAUCGUAUGGCUCGGCAUCUUCAAUACUUCUUGGGUACCCUAACUCAUAUUGCCUACCCGCUCCAACGCCGGUAUGGAGAUAAACUACAGGCACAUUGGACGGCACUGGUCCAUUGCGACCCUGCCUCACUCCACGCAUGCAUAUGCGUUGCCGCCUCCAACAGAGCCCUGACAACCGGUGAAUUCCCGGUGAAGGAGGGUCAACGGCCCAGUGCCCUUCUUCUCGACACCUUUCAUCACAGGGGUGAGACCAUUCGACUGGUCAACGAGGGUUUAUCAGACCCUGUCAAAGCCUCGAGCGAUUCGUUAAUCGCAGCUGUUUCAACGCUGUUGACGAUCGAGAUUGCUUCUGGGAACCCCGAUUAUCUCAAAAUCCACCUGGCCGGAUUAAGGCAGAUGGUUGCCCUGCGAAACAGCCUUGCAGACGUACCGCCUGAUAUCCGGUUCCAGAUCUCUUGGACUGACAUCCGAGUGGCGUGCAUGGCCUUCACAAAGCCCAUCUUCCCUUUCCUCCGUUACGCCCGCCCUGAUUUCACCGUAUCUCCUCCCAAUGAAGAUCUUGCCAAGACCGCCUCUGCAUUAAAUUCACUAAUUGAAAUACCUAGCAUAUUAGGUGAUGGCAUGUCUAAGAUCAUCUACGACCUGGCCGAGCUUGUUUGGUUCGCUGAAUGGAUGAAGAGCGGCCAGAACUACCAAGAAAUUGACGACGAGACCGAAGGUUAUUUCAACACCGAGGUCAUAUAUGUUGAAUACGCCCUUCAUAUGGAUCGGUAUCUCGAGACCGGCGAGCCCAAAGGGGAUGCGAAUAUUGAAGGCUGCAUCCGGCUAGCAUGUCUUUUAUUCCACAAUGGCACGAUCUGGGAAUUCUACCCCCAGCUCGGCCCUGUGUUCCCAAAACCAAUCAGCGCCCUUCGCCUGGCGCUAGCUACCACGAUCCCAGCCGGGUUCUUCCAAAUGCUCCCGGAGGUGUUGAUCUGGGUGCUUUUCAUCGGGACAUGGAGUUCACAGCUAUUACCGGAGAGAACAUUCUUCGUGACCGAGUUAGCGGCUGCAGUCAGAAGACAAGGAAUCCAGUCGUGGCAGGAACUGCGAUCCCUUCUGCUGAACUUUUUCUAUGUGGACCGCGUUCACCAAGCUGCAUUGCGCGGCCUAUGGGAUGAGAUCCAGCUGAUACGUAUCCCGUGA